AUGACGUCGAUAGGCACAGGCUACGACCUGAGCAACUCCAUCUUCUCCCCCGAUGGUCGUAACUUCCAAGUCGAGUAUGCCGUGAAGGCAGUCGAGAACGGCGGCACAUCCAUCGGUAUCCGCUGCAAGGAGGGUGUCGUUCUCGCCGUCGAGAAGAUCAUCACCUCCAAGCUAUGGAAGCCCAACGCCAACAAGCGCAUUGCCACCAUUGACAGACAUCUCGGUGUUGUCUACUCAGGCAUGGUUCCCGACGGCCGCCACUUCGUCGACCGUGCUCGCGAAGAAGCCCGCGGCUGGCGUGAUACCUUCAAGACCCCCAUCUCCACCGCCGACCUCGCUGCCCGCAUGGGCGGCUACCUCCAAGCCUACACCCUCUAUUCCUCCGUACGCCCCUUCGGUAUCACCGCCAUCGUCGGCGGCUUCGACCCCUCCCAAGAGUCUCCCGUCGACGGCGAGGUCGGUUCUGGCCCCAAGGUCGGCGCCGGAGGCAAGGACGAAUCCAAGACCCACGGCGGUCCCUUUCUCUACAUGAUCGAGCCUUCAGGUCUGUACUGGGGCUACUACGGUGCCGCCACCGGCAAGGGCCGUCAGGCUGCCAAGGCCGAGCUUGAGAAGCUCGACCUGGCUGAGGGAGGCCUGACGCUGAAGGAGGCCGUCAAGGAGGCUGCCCGCAUCAUCUACGUCGCCCACGACGACAACAAGGACAAGGAGUUCGAGCUUGAGAUGAGCUGGAUCAGUGACGUGAACGGCCCCACCAAGGGCCGUCACGAGGAGGUACCCAAGGAGCUGCGUGAGGAAGCGGAGCGGUUAGCCAAGAAGGCUCUCGAGGGCGAUGAUGACGAUGACGAGGACAAGAAGGAUGACGACAAGAUGGAAGAAGACGACAAGAGCAACGACAGGAGCGACGACAAGAACGACGACAAGGACGAGGACGUGGACAACGGAAGCGAUGGUGAUAGAAGCGAUGACGAUAGAAGGGAUGACGAUAGAAGCGAUGACGAUAGAAGCGAUGACGAUAGAAGCAAUGGAAACGAUAACGACAACGACGACGACGAUAGGAGUAACGAUGACGAGGACAACGAGGGUGAAGUAGACUAUAGUCACAGGAAAAAUAGCCAGCAUAACACAGGAAAAAUAGGCGGUCUCUCUACGGUAAUCCUAGAGACACUGGACAUCUUAUGUUUACUCAGACGUGCACGAGCUCACUUUCUUCAUCCUACUUCGAGCAACAAGUUCCACGUCACAGUAGAGGCCGUAUAA